AUGGCCAUCAUCGCACAAGGCUCAACCGUCAAUGGGGAUGAACUCAUGCCUGCUUUCAGCGCAAAGAUGAAUGGUGACCUGGGUAGCCAUCCGUCUAACACAAAUGACGACCAAAAUCUCACAAAUGGGGAUUCCAGUGUUCCCGUUACAAAAGAGCAGAGUCUCUACCAGACUGAGGUGGGAAUCCCUAAGCCCAUCGAGGCGACUGCCUCAUAUGAAGCUAUUAAUCCUAUUGCCUACGAGCUUUCAAAGAAACCAUUUGGCACCCCUCGUCGAUUGAAGAUCGUUGUGGUAGGGGCAGGUAUUAGCGCACUUUCCUUGGCCCACGAAGUGGCUAUUGGACGAUUAAAGAAUGUCGAGUUGAAGAUUCUCGAGAAGAAUGCUGGUCUUGGAGGCACAUGGUGGGAAAAUCGGUACCCAGGAUGUGCUUGUGACAUUCCUAGCCACAAUUAUUUGUUCACCUGGGCUCCAAACCCGGAAUGGUCAUCGUACUAUGUCAGUGCGCCAGAGAUCCUCAAAUACAUGGAACGCACGGCAGAGAAGUUUGGUUUAAACAAAUACAUUACCCUAUCACGUAAAGUGACUGGGGCUCGAUGGUCAGCAGAGAAACAAAAAUGGGAGAUCACGAGUCGCCAGACUGAUGGACGCCGGAGUGUUAUAUCUUCAUUUGGAAUUAAUGAAGGAGAGGUUGGUGAAGACAUCGUCGACGAGUGCGAUGUUUUCGUCAAUGCCAGCGGAUUCUUCAACCACUGGCGAUGGCCAGCCGUUCCAGGUCGCGAGACGUAUCAAGGUGUUAUGGCUCACAGCGCCCAUUAUGACCCUGAAAUUGACCUGGCAGGGAAGAGGGUCGCGGUCAUCGGCAACGGUAGUAGCGGCAUCCAAGUGACCACGGCAGUGCAAAAAGUAGCUUCACACGUCUCGGUCUUUGUGCGGAAUCCGACAUAUAUCACUGCAUCAAUGGGGUCCAAGUAUAUUCCAGAAAAUGGCCAGUCACUUCUGUUCAGCGAAGAGCAGAAAGAGUCGUGGAGGAGGGAUCCGGAAGAAUACCUGCGGUUUCGCAAGGCCGUCGAAGGAGAGCUGAAUGUCCGUUUCCAGACGUUCAUUCGUGAAUCGGACCAGCAAAAGCUGGCUAUGAAAACAACCCUUGCUAGCAUGCAGGCUGCUCUCGCUACGAAACCGGAGUUGAUUGAUCUUCUCAUUCCAACAUUUGCGGUUGGAUGUCGACGUCCUACGCCUGGAAUCGGGUAUCUUGAAGCGCUGACAGCACCAAACUGUGAAGUUGUCUGGGGCGAGCUUGAAAGCUUCAAGCCCAAGGGCAUUCGAUCAGCAGACGGGACUGAAAGAGAAUUCGAUGUCAUCAUCGCAGCAACCGGGUUCGACCUGUCUUUUGUACCCAGGUGGCCCGUCGUGGGUCAAAACGGUAUUGAUCUUCGAGACUCGUGGGCUGAGAAUCCUGCGUGCUACAUGUCGUGUAUUGCAGCAAACUCACCCAAUUAUUUCACCUACCUUGGGCCAGGUAGUCCUGUCGGACAUGGCAGUCUGAUCACAGCGAUCGAGAGAGUGACCCUCUAUCUCUGCGACAUGGUCCAAAAGCUGCAGACGGAGAACUACAGCUCUUUCGUGCUCAAGAAUGGCGUUGCCGAAGCAUACCAAUCACAAAUGUUUGCUUGGUUGGAAAAGACCGUGUGGGGUGACGAUUGUCAGAGCUCUUUCAAGAACGGAACCAAGACUGGUGCUCUCCAUGCUUUUCACCCAGGUUCUAGGCUGCAGUAUUUUGAGCUUCUCCGGACUCGACGAUAUGAAGAUUUUGAGUGGACUAGUCUCUGUCCAGAACCAGAGUUGGCAUUUGCAUGGUUCAACAACGGAUUUCUCCCGGGAGAAUUGGAAGGAAAAGCAGAUUCGACAUGGUAUUUGGACCCUGAUUCCUGA